UAAAAAAUAACAAUUACCUCCCUUUGGUAAACAGCCCGCCAUCUUCGAAAGUACGAUACAUGAUUAGACAGGUUCAGAUUUGCUGUGUUGUCCUGAAGGAAUCAAGAUGACGAAUGUUUUGGAGGAUCCGUCCCUGGAGCGCCAUUUUAAGGGCCACAGGGACACCAUCACAAGUGUGGACUUCAACCCAAACAUGAAGCAACUUGCCUCUGGGUCAAUGGAUUCCUGUCUGAUGGUGUGGAAUUUCAAGCCUCAAAUGAGGGCUUACAGAUUUGUUGGACACAAGGAUGCAGUGAUGGACGUGAAGUUUUCUCCGUCGGGUCAUCUUGUAGCGUCGGGGUCUAGAGACAAGACAGUACGACUGUGGAUCCCCAGUGUGAAAGGAGAGUCAACUGUAUUCAAGGCCCACACAGCUACCGUGAGGAGUGUAGACUUCUCCAGUGAUGGCCAAUACUUACUCACAGCUUCUGAUGAUAAAACAGUCAAGGUGUGGACAGUACACAGACAGAAAUUCAUGUUCUCCUUAAACCAACACAUGAACUGGGUAAGAUGUGCAAGGUUUUCCCCUGAUGGCCGACUCAUUGUAUCAGGCAGCGAUGACAAAACUGUAAAACUGUGGGACAAAAAUAGUAAAGAAUGUGUGCAUACAUUUUUUGAACAUGGAGGGUUUGUGAACUACGUAGAAUUCCACCCGAGCGGCACGUGUAUAGCCUCAGCGGGUACUGACAGUACUGUUAAAGUGUGGGACAUCAGGAUGAACAAAUUACUACAGCAUUAUACAGCUCAUUCGUCAUCCGUGAACAGUUUAUCAUUCCAUUCGAGUGGGAACUACCUGAUAUCAGGCUCAGAUGAUUCUACUUUAAAGAUUUUUGACCUGCUGGAGGGUCGACUUUUCUACACACUUCAUGGACACCAGGGUCCAUCAACUGCUGUAUCAUUCUCUCGGUCUGGGGAAUACUUCGCCUCCGGCGGGUCAGAUGAGCAGGUACUGGUAUGGAAAACCAACUUUGACCAGUUAGACUUUAAUGAAGUUCUUCAGUCUCAUAAGCAGCGGGAAAAAACUGCAGCUCCCCCGACAGUUGGUGAUAUACCACCCAGAGUACAGAAGCCCCAAAGACCUCAAACAACAACUAGGGAUGCAGUGAUGGACGUGAAGUUUUCUCCGUCGGGUCAUCUUGUAGCGUCGGGGUCUAGAGACAAGACAGUACGACUGUGGAUCCCCAGUGUGAAAGGAGAGUCAACUGUAUUCAAGGCCCACACAGCUACCGUGAGGAGUGUAGACUUCUCCAGUGAUGGCCAAUACUUACUCACAGCUUCUGAUGAUAAAACAGUCAAGGUGUGGACAGUACACAGACAGAAAUUCAUGUUCUCCUUAAACCAACACAUGAACUGGGUUAGAUGUGCAAGGUUUUCCCCUGAUGGCCGACUCAUUGUAUCAGGCAGCGAUGACAAAACUGUAAAACUGUGGGACAAAAAUAGUAAAGAAUGUGUGCAUACAUUUUUUGAACAUGGAGGGUUUGUGAACUACGUAGAAUUCCACCCGAGCGGCACGUGUAUAGCCUCAGCGGGUACUGACAGUACUGUUAAAGUGUGGGACAUCAGGAUGAACAAAUUACUACAGCAUUAUACAGCUCAUUCGUCAUCCGUGAACAGUUUUACAUUCCAUUCGAGUGGGAACUACCUGAUAUCAGGCUCAGAUGAUUCUACUUUAAAGAUUUUGGGCCUGCUGGAGGGUCGACUUUUCUACACACUUCAUGGACACCAGGGUCCAUCAACUGCUGUAUCAUUCUCUCGGUCUGGGGAAUACUUCGCCUCCGGCGGGUCAGAUGAGCAGGUAGGUAACGGAAAUAUUGUAGACUUAUAACAAUCGGAGUUAUGUAAAAAAUUAA